GAUCUUGCUGAACAAAAGCAGCGCGAACUCCGGGAUUCGGAGGAUCGGCGGGUCACAGGCCAAGCAGCGGAGAUUCAAUCUGUCCCUUUGGCUGUCCACAACAAAGUUAUUCGAUCUGGAAAUGACUUAAAAAGCACAGGAGAGAUGAGUGUCUUGGGCGAUGGUCCUGGAGCUGCGACGGUGGAAGGAACACCUCAGACCAUUCGACGCGGAUCUUCUAACCUGGUCUCUGGGUUCUCAGAAGCACAACUGGUGGCUGCACUGGCAGCGUGUGAAGAGGAAUCUGAUGCUGUCGCCACAAAUCGCGCCUUGGCUGAGGCAAAGGUUAUAAUUUAA